AUGCAAUUUCAAUGGUGUGAAGAGGCUUUCAGUAUCAUUGUGAAUACUUGGGGAACGGUAGUCAUCCUAGACGAAUGUAGUACAGAUUCUCCUAACAUGGCCUUUGGGAGGGUUGGAAUUCUUACAUCUCACCUCGGAAUCAUCAGCUCUACAAUCACAAUCCUAGUGGAUGGAAUGCCAUAUACGAUCAAUAUCACGGAGGAUAUCUUUGAAUCACUUAAGCUUAGCCCUGUUCUUGCAGCUAAUGAUUUCUAUCAAAAGAUGAUAUGGUGGGAUGAAGGUAGCAUUUAG